GCGGCAGCACGCAACUCGCGAAGCCGUGCUGUGGCCCACAUAAACUUUUUAUAUCUGCCCCGUUCUCGACUGUAAUGUGAUUCAUACCGACUGAAAUUGGAGGGAGAGGAAGCUUAGUUUUCGUUUUUUCUUUUGUUGCAGAGAAGAACAAGAGAACUUUUCGACAAAUAAAUGAAUGAAAAAUUUUAAGAUUUGAAAGGAUGGAAUUGUAAGCUGUAAUAAAACAAAAAGCAUCAGUAAAAGGCAUAAGAUUUUGAGUAAACAGUGCCGAGGGAAAUGGAGAAACAUAGGGAAAAUGCAGAUAAUGAUGAUAAUGCAGAGGCCUCAAUUGACGACCUUGAUGACCAUGCGCUUGAUGAGAAAAUAAAAAGAACAAAAAAUCUGUUGGGCAUACAGUUGUUCCGUACAUUAACCGAUUGCAGAAGGAAUCUCAAGGUUUUUUAUGACAGAUUAUUGGGAGAGAGAAAACGGAGAAAACAGCGAGCGCAAGUACAAAAGGUUGAGCCUGAUACACUUUCUUCUGUACAAGAACUUGAGAUUAUUGCUAGUGAGGAUUUUUCUCGUAUAGCUUGUAAUACAAGAAAUUCAGGUUAUCCAGAUAAUUCUGGUCUCAAAUUACAGCACUCGAGCCCUUCAAGUCACAAUAACCUUCCAAGAAAUGCUAAUCACUCUUUGACUACAUAUAGCAAGAGGGCUUACGAUUAUUCUUCAGGGGACAAGGAUUCUUCUCAAAGGAAAGACAAAAUAUCAAAAUGUUCUACACCUGCUUAUGUACUCAAUGAAGAAAAUGCGUGCAGAAAGUCUGAUGAAAAGUUAAGGAAGUCUUUGUCACUUUCUAAAGAAGGUUGGACCAGGAAAAAGGUCACUAAAUUAAUAGAUUUAGAUGAAGAAGAUGACAAGCAUUCAAAGCAAUUACACAUCGAUAGGAUGUCUGAAAGAUGGAUGAAGGAUAUGAAACUUUAUUAUCCUGCAAGGGAUGACCCAGAUUCAGUGGAAAUCUGUUACGUUGACAUGGAAUGCCUGGAUCCCUUCUCAUAUUUGUCCUCACCAAUUAUGAAUUUUUACAUCAGGUACCUUCAAAGACCUGAAUCACUAACAUUGACGCAGAGGAACAACUAUCACUUUUUCAAUACAUACUUCUACAGUAAAUUGGAUGAAGCAUUGUGUGAACGGAAAAAAGAUGAUUCACUUGUGAAACUUCGGAGGUGGCUCAAAGGAGUCAGCAUUUUUGACAAGGCAUAUGUAUUUUUACCUAUAUACUAUGAUCUGCAUUGGAGUUUGGCAAUAAUCUGUUUCCCUGCACAAGAAGAUAAAUCCGGGCCUUUUGUUCUUCAUCUGGACUCACUGGACCUUCAUGCAAGUAAUAUCAUCUUUUGGAAUAUACAGAGUUUCUUGAAAAUUGAAUGGGAGCACCUCAAUCGGACAGGAUUGCCAAAUCAUAUUCCUAUUGAAGAUAGCACUUGGAUUACGUUGAUUGAAAAAAUAGAGAAUAGAAAAAUACAGGUGCCUCAGCAGGACAAUAGUUAUGAUUGUGGUUUAUUUGUUCUCUACUUUAUUGAGCGCUUUAUUAAGGACGCCCCUCCAAGGAUUAGAAGGGAGGACUUGAAUAUGUUUGGAAGAAAGUGGUUCAGACCAGCUGAAGCUUCCCGUUUGCGGUCCUAUAUAAAAGGAUUACUUAAGAAACAUUUUGAAGAAAUGAGGAAUGCUAGAUAAGAUGCCAUCAUAAAUAACUGCUUCUCGUCGGCUUGAAAGUCUUGUAAGAAAAGUUGAUUUUUGUAGACCUCUCAAUUGUACAUAGAUGAGGUCUCCUCCUUUCACUGAUGAUGGCAUUACAAAUUGUAAAGGAUUAGAAAAAUAAUCUUAAAACCAAUUUCUCAAUUCUUGUUUUCACAAAAUGAGUUAUCAACGUACAAAAUAUUGUCAGUUCCACUUUCACCUUGUAAAUGGAAAUCUGAGGAUAUUGCUUCUUGCAAGAAUAAUGCAAUUCAAUUGACAAGUAUCCAUGAGGAGGGGAACUCCGUAAGUUGGACCUAUUAACAUCUAUUAAAAUUUUGACAAUGCCAAUUCCUUUUGGGCAUAUGCUAGAACUUAUUUGCAUUGAAGCAAAAUGGAUAACAUCUUUAAAAUUGUCAAAGUGAAAGUGCAUCUGCUUAUGCAAAAGCUGCAUUUUACUUUUACAAGUGAAAAUACUCCAUGUUUUUUUAAGAUCGCAAUUGAAAAGCUUUUCAAUGUAUAACCCUACUAAGCCGUACCAUUUCUGCUCUCUGAAUAUUGUGAUUAUGCCAAAUUUAUGUGCAUUAUUUAAAUAUUUGCAAUCAGCAAUCACUUGACUACUUGACAACAAUUAAAAAUGGGUCAUGACAUAUUAUUCAAAAUUUCUCCAUUUACUCAAUGCAAAUUUUAACCAAACAAGAAUUUCUAAAUGAAUGGUAAAAUGCUUUCUAAAAUUUGUCCCAAA